AUGGAUUUCAAUUCCCGUAUUUCUAAUUUCACUUUUCUUAACAAAGAAUUUACUAGCAGCACGUGGAUGGAAUUUUUCAGGAGUGUGCUCAUAACUAAUUCUGAGGACCUCCCUGAAAUCAUUCUCAUAUUGUCUUUGAUCUGCACAGUUGGAGCAUUUUUAAACCUACACUUGAAAGACUUUCCAAUUCCUCUCCCUGUGAUAUUAUUUUUAAUUGGAUGCAGUUUUGAAAUGUUAAGUUUUACAUCUGACCAGGUCCAAAGAUAUGCAGAUUCCAUACAGUGGAUAGAACCAGGCUUAUUUUUUGAUGUAUUUACACCAGUAAUUAUCUUUAAUGUUGCAUUUGACAUGGAUGUUUACAUGCUCAACAAGUUAUUUUGGCAGAUACUUUUAAUUACAAUUCCUGGCUUUUUGAUGAAUUAUAUCUUAAUUCUUUGGUAUCUGGCAUCUGUGAAUAAAUUACUUUUGAAAACUACCCCAUGGUUAUUAUUUUCAGCUAUCCUUGUGAGUUCAGAUCCCAUGCUGACUUCAGCAGCUAUAAGAGACCUUGGUCUUUCUAGAGGCCUCGUCAAUUUAAUUAACGGAGAAAGUCUGAUGACUUCUAUAAUGUCUUUAAUUAUGUUUACUGGUAUUGUGGAUAUUAACUCUGGCAUGCAAAAGAAGACAAACCAUUCCUUAGCCCAUGAAAUCAUGGAAAAAAUUUGGUCGUCUGUUAUACAAAGCUUCUUGUGUGGAAUUCUAAGUGUAAAACUGAUUCAGUUGUGGAUGGCUACUGUUUUUGAUGAUGAUGUCAAUCAUAUAAGUCUCAGCUUUUCAGUUAUGUACCUCAUCUUUUUUGCUUGUGAGCUAGCUGGAAUAUCUGGAAUAUUUACCCUGGCCGUUACAGGACUUUUUUUAAAUUCUACCAGUUUUAAACCAGGAGUUGAAGCACUUCUUCUCAAAUUCUGGAAUUAUCUAUCAUUUGCUGCCUUUCUUAUGGUGUUUACUUUCAUUGGACUUCUAAUUCCUGCACAUACGUAUUUAUAUAUAUCAUUUUCUGAUAUAUAUUAUUCAUUAAAUAUCUACCUCACACUUAUUGUUUUAAGACUUCUGGUCUUUCUAUUCAUGAGCCCUCUCUUGUCUCGACUUGGUCAUGGAUUCAGCUGGCGCUGGGCAUUCAUAAUGGUCUGGAGUGAAAUGAAAGGGACUCCUAAUAUAAACAUGGCCCUUCUAUUUGCCUACUCUGAUGUUUUUCUUGGAUCUCAGAGAGAAAAAUCUCAGGUAUUAUUUCAUGGAGUGGCAGUAUGCUUAGUUAGCCUGAUUGUCAAUAGAUUUGUUUUGCCAAUGGCAGUUAGUAAACUAGGUCUCCGUGAUGUCACCUCAACAAAAUAUAAAUCCCUUUGUUAUACAUUCCAACACUUUCAAGAGGUAACCAAAUCUACAGCCUCUGCGCUCAAAUUUGACAAAAAUCUCGCUACUGCAGAUUGGACCAUGGUUGAGAAAGCAAUUAUACUCCAAAACCCGUAUGCGUUGAGCCAAGGAGAAACAACAGAACAUCAAAAGGUGAAAUGUCCAGACUGUAACAAGGAAAUAGAUGAGACCCUUAACAUUGAAGCAAUGGAACUGGCCAACAGGCGUCUCUUGUCAGCACAAAUAGCAAGCUACCAGAGACAAUACAGGGAUGAGAUUCUAUCCCAGAAUGCAGUCCAGGUGCUGGUAGGUGUAGCAGGAAGCUUUGGUGAGAACAAGGGAGAACAUAUGAGUCCUGAAACAAUAAAGAAUUAUGCUGAAAGCAAAACAAUUCUUAGCUUUAUUAGAAAAGUAUUGCUCAACUGGGUGUAUAACACUAAAAAGGAAAAAGGAGUCCCAUCAAGGCAUUGCUUUCUUUAUGUAUGCCAUAAAAUAGUAUUUACUGAAGAAUUUGAGCAUGUCGGAUACCUUGUGAUACUAAUGAAUAUGUUUCCUAUUAUAAUUUCUUGGAUACCUGGGUUAAAUGCUAUCUAUGAGCAUGAAGUAAGACGUUCUAACUACUCUUUUCUUGCAUUUUAUAUCCUGGAGGCCCUACUUAAGAUAGCAGCAAUGAGGAAGGAAUAUUUUUUGCAUACCUGGAAUCUAUUUGAGUUAGCAAUUACAUUAGUUGGCCUCAUAGAUGUAAUACUUAUUGAGAAAUAUUCCAUGGAUUAUAUUUUUGAUUUGAUUCAAACAGUGGUCUUUAUAAAAAUUGUUCGAUUUCUUCGCAUACUACGUAUUUUGAAGCUCGUAACACCAAAGUUGCUGCAAAUACUAGAUAAAAAGAUGAGUCAUCAGCUGUCCUUUAGUUAUGCUAUACUAAAAGGAUAUGUCCAGGGUGAAGCAGACAUAAUGACUAUAAUUGAUCAGAUUGCAAGUUCUAAACAGGUUAAACAGAUGUUAUUAAGGAGGGUAACGAGGAAUACAGGACAGGCUAUGAAAGAACUAGGCUACUUAGAGUAUGAUCACCCAGAAAUCGCUGUCACUAUGAAAACAAAGGAGGAGAUUCAUGUCAUGCUCAAUUUGGCUAGACAAAUUAUUAAAGUUUUCAGGUUAAAAGGAAUUAUUCAGAAAAUUGAAGGUUCUGAAAUUAAUAAGUUAAUAAUGGCCAAAAAAAGAGAGAUAAUUGAUUUUCAGCCUAUUAUCAAGCCUCUUACUGUUGAAGAAGCACUGUACCAUAUUCCAUGGCUAGAUAAAGAGGAACACCAUAUAAGCUUCAUUCAGGACAAAGCCAGAAUUGUAACUUUUGAUUGUGGAAAUGAUAUAUUUGAAGAAGGUGAUGAGCCCAAAGGAAUUUAUAUAAUUAUUUCAGGCAUGGUAAAGCUUCAAACAUCAGAGCCGGGUUUGGGAAUUGACCAAGUACUCUGGGAGUCAGACGAGAAAGAUUAUCAGAUAACUUACACAGACUUUGUGAUCAAUGGGGAAAUAAUAGGAGAGCUAAACUGCUUAACUAAUGAACCCAUGAAGUAUUCUGCCACCUGCAAAACAGUGGUGGAGGCGUGUUUUAUUCCCAAAAGUCACUUAUAUGAAGCUUUUAAACAUUACUGUCAGAUUGAAGAUAAAAUGUGGGUAAAACUUGGACUUUCUAUUACUGCCAAAAAAAUCAGGGAACAUUUAUCUUAUGAGGAUUGGAACUACAAGAUGCAACUAAGGCUGUGUAACAUUUAUGUAAAAGAUAUACCAAAGAGCACCAAAACUGAUAUGUAUGAUGAAACUGUAAUUUAUGUCAUCCUUAUACAUGGAGCUUUAGAAGAUUGUCAGUUACGAAAAGCUUAUAAGGCACCUUCCUUAAUUCCUACAACAUGCUAUCAGGUACAAGGCGCUGAAGAUUUCACAAAAGUAAUGAUUGUUCAAACUCCAAACCAUGUGAAAAAAUUCAGAUGGAACGCUACAAAGUAUGCACUUUUACGGAAACCAUCUCUUCCAGUACCAUCAGUAUGUAAGUUAGAUUUCUUUGAGCAAUUGAGAACUUACUUUUCAAUAAAAUAG